AUGCCAGCCGCCGAUGAGGUGCCUUCUGAGAAGAAGCACACCAGCUCCUCAUACCGAGAUGAACUUGCACACUACAAAGCCCAAUAUGAGCAGUUAGAGUCGGAGCUUGCGGACUUUCAACUCUCCAGCCGGGAACUGGAGGCGGAGUUGGAGAAGGACAUUGAAGCUUCAGAGAAGCGUGAGCGCCAGCUGAAAGAGAAAGUGGAUACCCAGCGGUACGAAGUGGAAGAGUGGAAGACCAAGUACAAGCAAUCUAAAGCCGAAGCCAACGCCGUCCAAAACAAUCUGCAGAAGGAGAUCACUGCUCUCCGCGAUACAAACCGUUCUCUGCAGCUGAAGCUACGCGACAUUGAGGUCGCCAAUGAUGACUAUGAGCGACAAGCCCGAAAUACCACCUCGUCCCUGGAGGACUUGGAAUCCAAGUACAACAUGGCUAUUGAGCGCGGAGUGCUGUUAGAGGAGGAGAUGAGGAAUGGUGACCAGGAGCGUGAGAGUCUCCGGAUCGAUAAUCAGCGCCUGCGAGACGAACUGUCCGAUCUGAAGGUUGAGGCCGAGAUUGUCCAAGAGAGACUACGACACGCCGAGGGACAUGGGUACCGUCGUCGCAAACCGACUCCCCUGUACCGCAGCCCAUCAACCCCGCAGACAUUUGAAAUUUUCGACCGAUCGCCUAACACCGCCACAUCUUCACCCGUGUUUGCGACACCACCAGCCAAGUCAUCAUUGGCAUCUUCCACAGCGACUCCUCCGUCGCCUCCUAUCUCCGAGGCCUCGACCAACUUCCGCAAAUCAGUCAAUGCCACUCCUACCUUCCCUCGGACGAGAGUCGCAGGUGCCGAUGCUGUCAACUCCCGAACCCUGCAUCAGGCGAGAACUCAGCCUCGCCCGACCCAUUCACGAGCCUCGUCCCUCGCCUUUAGCACUGCGAGUCGCUCCACUCCGUCCGUCACUUCUCGUCCCAGUCUGACCAGGAUGAAUGCCCCGCGGCCAUCGGGACUACCAAAAUCCGGGUCCUUGUACCAGAUUCGGGGUCUAAUCGGCAAGAUGCAGAAGCUCGAAGAGCGAGUCCAAUCCGCCAAGUCGUUACUCCCCGCCCCUUCUGAUACUUCAUCCCGAGGCUCUCCUCGUUCCGGCUCUGUCGUUGGGGACAGCCCGGUUCCAUCGACCGUCACCGUACGGAGAAGCUCUUCUAAACGCCUUAGUGGCAGCAGUUUUAGCUCCUCAGUACGAGACAGCGAAGCCCAGCAGAAUCGGCAGUCGUAUGGUGCACGGACCGGGGAUAGUCGACCUAGUAGCCGGACUAGCUUUUCGAGCCGCAGUUCCUUCAGCCAGAGCGUCCACUCGGGCGUCCCCAUUCGCCCCGAAAGUCGACAAAGCCGUCCGGGUGCCAAAACCCCACUUGGCCAUUACUCUACCAACCCGACCACUGAAAGCCGACGCCCCCGCUCCUCUCUGAGCAACCAUAAUGGGCAAACCCCUUCGGUGGGCAGUAUGUCCAAUAUUGAUGAGGAUCAAGACAUAGACAUCGUGAGCCCGACAACGCCGACCUCCCGGAUUCCACUAGAUUUCCGACGGCCAUCGAUCUCGGCCACCCCGGGAUUGAAGAAGCGCAGCACUAGUGGCGUUUCAGCCAUCCCCACUCCCCGAAGCUUUAAGAGUAGCAUCGGCCCGGGAGCGAUUCCGCCAGUGAUCCCGCCAGUACCUGACCGGAAGCAGGCAAAUGGGCUUGGUGAAACGUUUUAG